UUAAGGUCGAGUGCCGGGAAAACUAAAAGAGCUCGAAGUUCUCUAUUCCAAAUGUCCAUGAACUUUGGAUAGUACUUUUGACAAUUAGUAAUGGCGGACAAAUGUUGAUCCUAUAGAAAGCAAUAAUCUGAGCAUGGAUAGUUCGACUUUAUACCAAAAGUUGUCAAGAUAUCUACCUUAUUCUAAAUGCAGAAAUGAAGGUUGCAAAUGUAGUACAUGGAAGCUCUCAGACAAUGCGAUAGAUGAAAAACUUGUUGAAGCUAUAUGUGAAAAUUGCUGUCAUGUUCAUUAUAGCUUGUCUGAUCCAAACGAGAGCACGUGGCUUAAUAGUGCAAUGCAAAUGGUCGACGAUGUGGAACGAAUGUAUAUUUUAUGUACCAAGGAAGAAGAUUAUGAAACAAGAAAUAUAUAUUUCUGUAUUUUAAAGCGCCUUCGCAAGGCGUUAAUGAAUAAAGUACAACCCGUUUUUGAUGACAAACCUCCUUUCGAGCGACCUGAUAUCAAUACAGCUGUACGAAACACGUUAUUAUUCUGUGCUGUCACUGAUCCUCAAAAUCCAGAAAUAACAAUUGAACUGUGUAAAUUAUUCCUAGCAUAUGUGAAUUCAUAUAAGAUCACAUAUCCAAGUCAAAGGAUUCAGAAGUAUGAAAAUAAAACAGGAUACAAAUUAAUAUAUAUGAGGUGGAUAUGCCACUGUUAUGUGCCAAAGUUCUGUAAUGCCUUACCAUAUACUGAGGCUACAUGUGCAUUUGGAAAGAAUUUCUUGUUAGCCGUUUUGCCUGAAAUUAAAAGAAGACUAAUCGAAUUUUUCAAACAAGAUUCUGUAAUCCCGUCCAUGCUAGAUGCAAAGAUACAUUUAAUACAACCUUUAACACGACUGUGUAAUUUGCUGGAAGAUAAUGUUGAGGACAAAACAACUUCCGUCUGGGAUCCGUAUUUCCAACCACCAUUGCGUCCCGACAAUGUAAUUACACCAAGCGGAUUAUUACAGUCGAUUUCUAUUGACCACGUGGUCGAUUUCUCUACACAUCAACGUAAUAUAAUCAUCAGUAGUUCAAGUGAACUGAAAAGUGAUUCAAUUGUUACACCAGCUCUCACUGAUCUAAAAGCAGAGAAACUGUUUAGUAAUCCAGAUUUGGUGAAUGGUGAUAAGGAUAUGGUAGUUAAUACACCUAUUAAGUCUGAACCUGAAGAGUCACUUACAAAACCUGCCAAAGUAACUGAUCAUACAACGCAUCGAAGGACAAGCGUACGUCUUCGAAGUCAAUUAUCGAUUAAUACACAAUCCUCUGUGAGUGAUUCAGAAAAGUCGAACUGUAAAUCAGAAGACAAAACUGUGGUCACCGAUAGCAACACUAAAAAGUCAUUGAAUGAUAAGUUAAAUAUUUCAGAUGUUAGUAGUACAGAAUUAGAACAAAUUCUACAGGAAAUGAAAAACAAUGAAAGCCCUUGUAAAGGAUUUUAUCCUUUUCAAACGCUUCAUUCGUUAAAUGCAACAAGAGAUGCCGCUGCACGUCAAGAAGAAUCAGCUGGGAAUAUUGAAUUUCAUAUAGUUAAUAAUAGUUUAAAUCCUAAUCAACCCCCACAAACAUAUAUUUGGCUUUUGGAGUUAUUAAAUGUAUUUGCUUUGCAAUUACCUCGUAUGCCGAAGGAAUACAUUGCACGACUUAUUUUUGACCCAAAACACAAAAAUCUCAUUUUGUUAAAAGUUUCGGAUUCAUGUGAAAAACAUGCUAUCGGCGGGAUCUGCUUUCGUAUGUUUCCAUCUCAGGGAUUUACGGAAAUAGUGUUUUGUGCAGUAAUUUUCAAUGAACAAGUAAAAGGUUAUGGAACACAAAUGAUGAAUCAUUUAAAAGAUUAUCAUUUACAGCAUAAAAUAUUUCAUUUUCUUACAUAUGCUGAUUCAUUUGCCACUGGUUAUUUUAGAAAGCAAGGAUUUUCACGUGAAAUACGCUUAGCUCGACAAGCUUAUUUAGGUUAUAUUAAAGAGUAUGAAGGUGCCACAUUAAUGGGUUGUGAAUUAUAUCCAAAUAUUAUUUAUACUAGAUUUUCUGAAUUAAUUGCAAAACAAAAACAGGUUAUUACCCGGUUGAUAGAAAAACGUCGUGAGUCUGUUAAUCAAACCUACCCAGGAAUACCUGCCAAACUAUUUCGUAAUGGACCUUUAAGACCAGAUCAAAUCCCCGGUCUAACUGAGAUCGAUCUAACUUCAAACAAAUUUUCUGAUUUAUUUCAUAAAAUUCCUAAAACAGAAUUAUCCGAAACCAAUCAAACUUCCAUAAAUAAUCAUAUUUCAGUAAAGCGAAAAUCGUCAGAAACGUUUGGUAAAUGUGUUGAGAAAUUACAAGAGCCUCCAAGAAAACUACGCAAACGUUUACUCGAUCCUUUGCCAAGUCCCAGUCCGUUGACUACAAAGCCACAGCUGAAAGCAAGAAUCAGUUCAAGGUCAACGCGUUAUAAUAGCUCAUUAAAAACAUCAGAUUCAUUGGAACCUGUUUGGAUACAAGAAGCUAAACAAUUAGCAGAAAAAAUUCGUCCUAUCCUAAAUGCAUUACGUAGUCAUAUAUUGGCUGGUCCUUUUCAAAAACCUGUUACAGUAGAUGAAGCUCCAGAUUAUUAUGAUAUUAUUGUUUUUCCAAUAGGUAAACAAAUUUCAAUUUAUUCAUCUCAUCAUGUUUACUAAACUAGUAGUGAUAAGUAACAUAUGUUCCUAAUAAUUGUAAAUAAUUCUUGUUUUAUUCUCAUUUUAUGUUUUCUAAAAUAUUUUUUAUGCAAACUUAAUAAUAGUCCAAACAUUUACACUUUUAUAUGUAGAUCAUGUAAUUCUAUGCAGCGUAGAUCCUGCUAAGAUUGUAACUAUUUAGUAGAAAUCCAUGAACUGUAAUGAAUUCACAUUAUUCAAUUUGAGUUAUUAUUCUCGUUUUAUUAACCAUUUUAACAAGAAUAAUUUCUUAACUCUAUUCAAAUUGUCUCACUUAAUCGAAUUUUUUAUUUCACUGGAGAAGAAUAACCUAUCUAUAUGGCAUGUUACCGGUUCGACAUAUUUGUAGGUACUAAAUCUAGGCGCAUAGUCUAUUUGUACUUACAGUUUGUUAGAUUUUCAAUAGAAAUUUAUUGUAUAUAUACUUACCUUUUAUGAAUAACUGUUUGUAUCUAUUAUUUUAAGUCACAUUCGAUAACUAACAUAUCCAAUAUUGUCAUGUUACAUGACGUGAAAAAAAUAAAGGUUGAUAUUUUGAAUAAAACAGUUCUGUUGUUAUCGCUUGUGUUUUUUGGAUAGUUAUAUUCAUUUUAAGAGUUCUCUAUUAUAUUUUGAAUUUAGAAGCCUAGAAAACAUUAGCCCUGUUUGUACAAUGAAAACAGAUGUUUCUCUGGGCUACAAUUAAAGAUAUCACCAACAUAAAACUAAUACAGUUAUUGUUACUAGUUGACGAAAUAAGAUUAGCUACUCUGUUAUAUUCUUUUACUUUUAAUAUAGACCACAACUGAUCAUCAUUCGUUGAAGGGAAAUUUUUUACCUUACUCUGAGAAAUCUCAAUCAGAUUUCGAUAUAUAUGAUAUAUCAUCUGACUACUCUUGCAAUCAAGUUUUCAAUUUAAUUCUUCACAUUUUUUACAAAGUGAUUAAGUAACUGGUUAUUUAGUAACUAAAGCACGCCUAUUAACUAGUAGAUUGUAGCUUUAAACCCUGUUCCCCUCUGUUUGGUAUUAGGCAACCGGAUAGUAUUAGUAGGCUUUAUACAAACUAUAUGACUAAAAUAUGAAUACGGCCUACUUCUACCAUACAAACUCAUUUCUUGAUAAACUUUCUUAAAUACCUGAUUUUUCUUGAGAUAUCAUGGUUACUUCUACAUACUUUUAAUUGUCACAUGGUUUUGUUUUAACAGCCAAUUUGAAUUGGAAAAGUUCUGGAAAAUGAGAUUAUAAUGCAACUAAUCACUGGUGAUUUUUAACUUAAACUAAAAUAAAAAUGUGCCAGAUUUAAGCACAAUGUGGGAACGUUUAAAAUCGAAUUAUUACGUUACGAAAUCCUUGUUUAUUGCUGAUAUGAUGCGAAUGUUUCAUAAUUGUCGUACUUAUAACCAACAAGACUCUUAUCUUUAUAGAAGUGCUAAUACUUUAGAACGUUAUUUCAUCAAUAAAAUGAAAGAGGCGGACUUAUGGCCUUAAAUUAUAUUACAGAAUCAGCAAGUUAUGUAACUGAGUUUAGUAAAUUUUGUUUGAAUGUUUCUUCUCC